AUGGUCAUCCAAGUCACAGCAGCCCAGAGGAGGCACCAAGCAGUGACGUUAAUUCACCCUUCUCCUUGUCCCCCCCUGCAGAAACACGACGGGCAGUUCACCGUCAUCCAGCUGGUGGGCAUGCUGCGCGGCAUCGCCUCGGGCAUGAAGUACCUGUCGGACAUGAGCUACGUUCACAGAGACCUGGCCGCACGCAACAUCCUGGUCAACAGCAACCUGGUGUGUAAGGUGUCGGACUUUGGCCUCAGCCGGGUUCUGGAGGACGACCCCGAGGCUGCGUACACAACCAGGGGAGGAAAGAUUCCAAUCAGGUGGACGGCUCCGGAGGCCAUCGCCUACAGGAAGUUCACCUCCGCCAGCGACGUGUGGAGCUACGGCAUCGUCAUGUGGGAGGUCAUCUCCUACGGCGAGAGGCCCUACUGGGAGAUGUCCAACCAGGACGUGAUCAAAGCCAUAGACGAGGGCUACCGCCUCCCGGCGCCCAUGGACUGUCCGGUGGUGCUGCACCAGCUCAUGCUGGACUGCUGGGAGAAAGGACGCAGCGAGAGACCCAAGUUUGGCCAGAUCGUCACCAUCCUGGACAAGCUCAUCAGGAACCCUGCCAGCCUCCGAGAGCUGGCCAACAGCCCGGCGGGAGAGGAGCCCACCACUCCAGACUUCAGCGUGAGCACAGUGGACGAGUGGUUGGAAGCCAUCAAGAUGGGCCAAUAUAAGGAGAACUUUUCCAGUUCUGGAUACGUCAGCUUGGACUCCAUCCUCUACAUCAGUGUCAGUGAAUUGUCCAAAAUGGGCGUGACACUGGCCGGCCACCAGAAGAAGAUCUUGUCGGGCGUGCAGAGCCUGCAGACCCAGGGCACCCAGGUCCAAGUAUAACAGUCCAGGUCCGAGUAUAACAGUCCGCACGCCGAGGCCCGGCCAAGACAAAUGGACCAAUGGAUGCUCUGAGCUCGGACCCUCCCCGGGGGACAACAAGGA